AUGCAUCUCCACAAGAUGAACUUUGCAUUACAGUAUGGAAUCGAAGAUUUGGGUUGCUUCUUCAGGCUUGACGCUACCUCCGGGGAGUGUGAGGAGAGCUGCGGCAUAGAAAACUACGUCUACGCAGGAAAAUGGAAAAGCCAGUUUUGCUUCUGUGGCGACAAGCUACCCUCUCAGGAGAGGCCUGACAACACAUGCAACGCAGCACAUUUGGUAUGGGUAAAUGCGGCUAAACAUUAUCCGAGGAAGAUCAGCGCCCCACUUGAAGUCGUGACCGAUACUGUGCGCCUGACGAAAGGAAAUAGGACUAAAUUGUCAAUUCGUCCUCCGAGAGAGUUCAAUGCAUCACUGAGCUAUUUCAUCGAUUUUGGUGAUAUGGUUGGACUCAAGGAACGCAUAUCCGAUGUUACACAACCAAUCGCAGUACAAUACACAAAGGUCGGACCUACGUUGAUCACUGUGUACGCAAACGAUGCUCACGGUUCAGUGAGAGCAUCAGGUGGUUUGGCGUUGGAUAUAAUCGAUUCAUUGUCGGAUGUGGACGUUGAUUUGGACUGUCCGAAAUUUGUCGUCCGUGAUGCCGUUGUUGAAUGUAAAGUGUCGGUGCGUCACGGAAAUCACCUCGUCGGUAACGUUGCAUUUGGAACAGGGAUGAGCGAGCAAUUCACCGUACCCGAUCCCGACUUGAACUGGAUGAUCCCCACUGCUCGGCGAUUAAACAGUGAAUUUAUUCCAUGUCCUGUAGCGGAUUUCGUAGCAUCCGGAUCUAGGUCGCAAUAUUCGGGGAUCCUGUUUGAAGUUAGUGUUCACAUCACUGCGCUUAACCCUUUCGAGAUUUUGGUUGGAGCAUGGAUUACCCAGACCAGAAAGCUCAAACUAAGUGGCAAAUUCAAUCAGCUCGGCGACACGGAAGUGGAGUUACGGUUAAAGAAUGAAAACACGGCUGAAAUUGUGAAACACUCCCAGGUACGCGUAGUUGAGGAGCUCAAAGUGGAUGGACUAGAAACGACUGUGUUCGAACGGAUGACACCUGCAUUACUACAGCUGCACGGAAUUCGGGGCCAACCAGAUGCGGUUACAUGGACGUUUGGCGAUGGUUCACCGACUCGGGAGACGAAAACUAGCCAUAUCCGCCACACAUAUGCCAAAGAAGGAUCCUUCAAAGUGACAGUUAAUAUUUCAAACCCGAUCGGUUUUUUCGUAAGCACGUCAACUGUCACGGUGCGCAGCGCCUUUGUUUUUCGCGAGAUUAUUGCCCCCGAAGCUGAAGUAUUCAAGCCGUCUGUGAUAACCUUGGACUUGACCGCUAGUCCGUUCAUCAUCUGCAAAUGGAAAGUGAAUGGAAAACCAACCCAUUCUGGUCCCGAGAUCUCGCACAUUAUUACCCAUGCUACGCCCAUGAACGCCACCGUGUCAGUGACAUGCGAAAAUGGCCUGUUCACAGUGACGCAUUCGACAACUCAACUCGUCCGAGCUAAGUUAGCAGGUCUGGUCCUACAAUCCGAGAGCCUCCCUGUCGCUUCGCUCCAGUCGAUGAACUUCUCAUUCACUGCUGGAUCCGAUCUCAAAGCACAGCUUACCGUUGCCGGUCAAACGAAAAAGACGACAGUUCAUUAUGCCAGCCGCUUGAUCAUUAGUGAACCCAUGAAAGAAGAGAUGGCUACAGUGAAACCUUUCAUUUUAAAUGUAUCAAACCCACUUGGAUCCGAGGUUCUUUCAGGAACUUUCAGAUUUGACGAACCGGUGAAAGGAAUGUCAGUUUCUUUUGACCCCAUGAUUCCAAAGCCCAGUGAAGAGGUUCGGUUCCUAAUCUCCUUCACGCAGGGCACAUCCAUCCGUCUGUACAUUAACUACAGUGACUUCACAACUGACCAACUGCAGCCAUCACAACGGUGGCCCGGUACCUUUACUAUUCGACACAAGUUCACCCAAGCCGGCGUUUACGCUGUACACUUUGAGGCAGCCAGCGGGAUGAGAAAAGAAACUGUUGUGGUUACCGUAAAUGUUCAGGGUCCACUGGGUGUUUAUCGCUUAGUGACGACCUCAACAUAUGUCCCAUGCAAUAGCCCAUACUCAGUGCAGUUGGUACGGGAAUCGGGGGGAGCAGCUGUGCUAGCACAAUUGUCAAUCGACUGGGGUGAUGAAGAAGCGCUGUAUGAAGAUCGAUUUGUUGAGGGGCAAACGAUUAAGCAUGUGUACACAAAACCCGGGGACUUCACACUUAAAUCCAUCCUAUUGACGAGAAUGGAGAACAAAAGCUUGACAACAGAAAUCAAGGCACGUUUGCCCAUAAUCAGUUUCGGUUGCGAAUUCGACGUGAACCCCGUUAAAUUCGGUGAGGCCAGCAUCAUUUCACUGGACCUACGUGGUGGUGAAGGUGUGACCAUAACAGCAAUUUUUGAGCCGGGAAAGCCUGUGUCUAUUGCGACUCCAGAACCGAAAAGACCAUUAAAGCUGAAUCACACGUACACGAAAACUGGAAAGCAUGUACUCUCCGUGGUUGCCAAAAAUUUUGUCAGCCACGAAAUGUGCAUUCUAGUGGCAGAUGUUCGAAAACCCAUCAAAAAUAUGAUUUUCCAAUUCCAAAGAUUAGCGGAGAAUAACAGAGGGACUGUGUCAGCCCUCGUGGAGUACAGUGGCACUGCCGACGAAUUCCCAGAUGAUGUGACUUGCUUGAUUGACUGGGGCGACGGCAGCGUGGCUAGUGAGAGCUCUGUGACUUUGGCAGACCUACCUCUGAAGAUCUCACACGUACAGACCAGUUUGAACUACUUCAACGUUACCGCUACUUUGGAGAACGGAGUCAGCCGAUAUCGUCAGGAAGACACCAUCGGUGUAUUUCAUCGUAUGACUGUGGUGAAGAUUGAGAUUGUGGUGGCGUCCACGGAAGAGUCAGGUUACGGGCCACAGAAGGAUCGCUUCGCAGCCGGAAACGUGCUCAGGAUAACGAUUCUGUCUGAAGGAACUGAAAGGAGCAAUAUUGCUGAAUCCAACUUUGACCUCAGGUAUACCGACGGGAAUUACAAAAUGUCCCUGGGCUGGACGAAGGGAAGCACCAUCCUCUACACUUUCAAUAAGCCUGGAAGUGUGAAAAUCACAGCUGUCGCAAGAAAUCCCUUCAGUCAGCUUAAUGCCGUAAAAAUCGUCCACAUCACCACUGAUUUGCGCGGUCUCAGUGCGCACCUGUUGGAUAGCACUUCGCUGAAGCCUGGUGAAGCCGGAGUUGUUCGUGUCCACUUUGAAGCAGUUUCGUUAAGCACUUGCAUAUGCGUUGACAAGGAUGAUUUAGAUGGGGCAGUGGUUUUUCCUGCGGAUGGCAAAACGGCGCAUGACUGCGGACCUUGUCCCACAUUCACUCCAGUUCUACGCAGGCCCAUCAAUAAUAUCAUGGACGUUAAUGUGAAGUAUAACCACUCGGGACUGAAGAACGUGACCAUCAUAGCAAAAAAUCCAUCGGAUCUCCUCCAAGAGAACAUCACCAUCACAGUGACUCUGCAGCAAUGUGUGACACCUGAGAUCAAACCGGCUAUUUACACAAUGGUUUCCGCAUCUUCUCCACUCAAUUUCCGUUCCGAUGAGCCGGUGACUGUAAAAACAUACGCAUUCGGACCAGAAUGCAAGCACCAUGCAGAGCAUUCCCUUAGCUGGUCACUAUUUGAGGUCGACCAGGAUUCAUUGAGGAGAAUGAGACAAGUGAACAUAAGCGAUUUGUCAAGUUCGACUAAUUUAGUUCUCCGGAUUCCUGCAAACCGUCUAUCUCCAGGCUUUUACGAAGCGAAGCUGCGGGUCGCGAUUCGUGAUAGUACAUCGCUUCCCGUAUUCAGACAGCUACGAGUAUUCCUAAUCUCCAACUACCCGCCUCUGAUGCUUCAGUUUCUGGAGGGAUAUCCGUCGGUUUUGGAUGUGGGUUUAGAUGAUGAGCAACUUUGCUUGUAUCCGGAACGCUAUUCAUUUGAUCCAGCUGUGCUUGAUAGGAGAUCACCCCAGGGUAUUUCCAAUUGGACUUGGUACUGUGGAAAACAGAAUGAGGAAUUUACAGAAAAGUAUAUCUCACCAAAGCCGAAAGGACACACCUUCCCAAUUAACCGGACUGGUUGCUUUGGUGAUGGGCCUGGUAGAAUAAAAAACGGGGCUGGAAUACUAUGCUUUUGGACCGGGAACUUGGAGGCGAGCACGCUGUACAAAAUUCGCAUUUUGGCCCAAAAAUAUGAUGCUGAAUCUUUCAUUCGUUUUGGAAGCGCUAUCCUAAUCCUCAAUGUUAGGUCGGGAAAGACUCUGUCAGUCAUUGUAAAGUGCACACUGCCCUUACAGUGCAAACAGAUGCCACUCCAAAUAUCAAAGAGAGGUGCAUGGGCUGUGGCUAAAACGGAUGACCUGUAUCUACUUUCUGAAUCCCCAGACGUUUCCGGCCCAAACUCACCUGCAUACAAAUGGCAACUCAAGUACACGUACCAUAUGUCAGAAGGACCGUUUCUUAAUUCCAGUCUGAUGUCUGUCUAUACUGCAGGCUCCUCAUCUGCUACUAUACGCUUGAACCAGCGUUUAUUUUCGGAUGAUCUUGGAGCCACAGGAUGUAAAAUUUGUGCAGCUAUCGAGUUGGCAGACCGGGUUGGUGUUAGUUGCCUGCAGUUGUACUUCUUGACACAACCACGGACUGGGAAGUGUGAAGGACAUGUGCACGGAAGCGUUGUUUGCGCCAAUUGCACGUCGUUCACCACUGAUUUCGGUCCACUGGAAUACGUAUUUUACUUGAACGUUCGGCCUAAAAUAAUAGUUGGAGUCAGCUAUGAGUCCAGCCUGUGCAUGCAGCUACCGUGGACAGAGAAUGCAACUGAAUUGUACGUGGAAGUAUGGGACGCAUACGGCAACAUCGCCGCAAAAUUUAUUAUGUUGGUUCAAGUUCCAAAACCUUCCGGAAUUGAAUCACUCCAUUCUGUCCGGAAGCUGCUCAUGGAAGACAAUCUGGAACUCAAAACACUAAAGUUGAUGGGCAAUUUUAGUGACAAAGCAGACAAGAUAACGCGUUUAGCGGAGCGGCUUCUAAUUGUUCAGCAACUGGACACCAAAGGUGAGUUUGAAUGUGCGACUAGCCAAUUCGUAUCGUUCUUCGCUUUUAACCGAACCUAUUAUCAGUGGUCCAAUGGUUUCUUGCAUCCGCGUGAUUAG